CUCUGGAGCUGGCAGCCAACGGGGCCCUGGCAGGGUUCCAGCAACAGGCAACAGCAGUGACAGGGCCCCCCCUGCAAGGUAGCAGCGACAGUAUCCAGCACAAUGGAGACCCAGUUCUGAUUGGACCCUUCAAGUGCUACUGCAAUAUCGAUAUCUAAAAUCAGAGUUCCACUACUAGAGAACCUGGUCCUUGGACUGAAGCCUCAGUUAGAAAGGAAGAAAUGCUCCUCGAGACCAAACUUGGACCUGGAAGGCAAUCUUUGGGGAAAAAAGUACAUGAGUUUUCUGCAAAGAGUGAUCCACAGGGGAUUUUUUCCAAAAACCAACCAACCCAGAAUUAACUAUCAGGUCUAUUAAAAGGGAUUACCACUGAUCAUGGAAAAAAAUCAAAUAUGUCACAGCAGACCAUCAAUUUUUCAUGGAAAUCAAAGACAAUUACAACUGAUUGAUGAGUUCAUCAAAUAUUAACAUGGAAGUUGAAAGAUUUUCAGGCUUUUAGCGUGAUGUCAAGGAAAUAGUUCCCUCAGUGACUGAUCUGCAUCUGCUCAUUGGGAGAAAAUUAUGACAAACUAGAACCGAUGGGGCACAUAUUCAGCAACCAUUCAAGUCUCUGCACACUCUUGGCCAGAGCCAGUCUUCAAUGAAAUACUGCUUUCAGCGAGCACAGUCACCCACAAUUGUGUGUGCUAAGCCAACCUAGGAUUCUUUCCCUGUCAACUGCAGAAGAACUUGUCUGUUCUUUGGGGGAAUUGCGGGACACACACCGAGGACUAUCAGCACUCGACUGACUACCUGUAUCCUCACUUCAAAACAGACAGGUCUCAGAGUAAACCUGGGGAUGAAUCUCUUUGCUUGUUACAGAAGCUGUCAACAACAAAUGGAGACUGAGCCUCUGAGUGACAACAGGUGACAGGCUGGCGGCUCACACUGUUGUGUCACAGAGGAGUUCCAGGAUAACGGCAGAAAGACAUCUUAUCAGUUAUUGGAGAACACCCAGGACAGAAAGGACAUACAAUACCUUCUUUUAUUAUUUUAAAUAUUGAUCAGGGUUAGCAAUACCUGUGCUUCAUUACAGAAUGUCCUGUGGUAAUGGUGAAACUGGUGGGCACUCUAUGUAUAACCUCUGUGGUCAGGGUCAAAGCUCCAGCUCCCAGUUAGCUAGUCUGAAUGGUCAUAGGAAGUCUUCAGGAUUGUUGGAAGUCACAGGGAACUUAAACAAUAAGCAAUAUUCUUCAGUGGCACUAGCUCCAGAUACCAUGGUGAAUAAUGGAUCAGGAAUUCCCCCUAACUCUGAGGAAGACACAAAGGAUUCAGCAUUCCAGCUCAGCAACCAACCUAUGACAGGAAGUGAAAUCCGUAGGACCUACACUACCAAGUGUUUCUAUGGCCCUUAUUUAACCAAAACUAGCAUGCAGGGAGAUGUCUACAACUUCCUGGAGAGGCCUAGUGGAUGGAAGUGUUUUAUUUACCAUUUUACUGUAUUUCUACUGGUGCUGAUUUGUUUAAUUUUCAGUGUACUCUCUACUAUAGAACAUUAUUCAGAAUUUGCCACGGGGACCCUUUUCUGGAUGGAAAUUGUUCUGGUGGUGUUUUUUGGUGCUGAAUAUUUGGUGCGGCUAUGGUCUGCUGGUUGCAGAAGUAAAUAUGUUGGCUUUAAGGGAAGACUACGUUUUGCCAGAAAGCCUAUAUCAAUUAUUGAUCUUAUUGUUGUGAUAGCCUCAAUUAUUGUUCUGAGUGUAGGAUCAAAUGGGCAGGUGUUCGCCACAUCUGCCAUAAGGGGAAUCCGGUUUCUCCAGAUACUUCGCAUGCUUCAUGUAGAUCGGCAGGGUGGCACUUGGAGACUCUUAGGAUCAGUUGUUUUCAUACAUCGUCAGGAACUCAUAACCACUCUGUACAUUGGAUUCUUGGGACUGAUCUUCUCAUCCUAUUUUGUCUAUCUUGCUGAGAAGGAUGCAGUGGAUGAAGAUGGAAGAACAGGUUUCUCCAGCUAUGCUGAUGCCCUGUGGUGGGGUGUGGUAACGGUUACAACAAUUGGUUAUGGAGACAAAGUACCACAGACAUGGAUUGGGAAGACAAUAGCCUCCUGUUUCUCAGUAUUUGCUAUAUCUUUCUUUGCUCUUCCAGCGGGGAUUCUGGGUUCUGGUUUUGCCUUGAAGGUACAACAGAAACAACGUCAGAAGCAUUUCAACAGGCAAAUCCCAGCUGCAGCUUCUCUAAUUCAGACUCUAUGGCGGUGCUAUGCAGCGGAGAAAUCAUACAGUUCUACAGCAACAUGGAAGAUCUAUGUUACAUCGCCUGCUCAAAGUAUAAAAAAAACACCAGCGCCAUCUAGCCCUAGUCUGAGAAAACAGUCUAGAAGAUACAAAAGAAAAGGAAAACCUGGGCGUGAUAAUGGCGCAACACCAAUAAUAAAUCCUGGAGAGACUGCCUUAUCCAUUCCACAAAUUACUUACGAUCACAUUGAUGAAAGAGAAGACAAAAAAGACAUGGCUUUUUACCUUGAUGAACCUGGAGUGAGAAGGCGCUUAGAAGGGAACAGCAAUGAAAUGUCACAGGACAACAGCUUCAUCGAUGACAUAGACCUCAUAUCAGAGGAGUCACCACUGCCUGCUGUAUCUGAUGUGGCACACAUUUCGAUCAGGAGUGAUAGCAAAUCAGAGAAUAAAACAAUGAGUGCAAGGUUAACUGAAGCACACCGAAUAGCUGUCAAAGUCAUAAGGCGAAUGCAAUAUUUUGUGGCCAGAAGAAAAUUUCAGCAAGCUCGAAAACCAUAUGAUGUACGCGAUGUAAUUGAACAGUACUCUCAAGGACACCUUAAUAUGAUGGUUCGCAUAAAAGAACUUCAACGAAGACUGGAUCACUCCUUAGGGAAGCCUGGCCUUUUUCUUCCAGAAAAAGGGGUAGACAAAGGAUACUAUACUGUAGGAGCCAGACUGAUCCGGUUAGAGGAUAAGGUCAUGCAGAUGGACCAAAAGCUUGAUGACAUCCUGAGCAGUCUCCAAACUCAAUUUGGCACUCAGCCACAAGCGCAGACAUCAACCCCAGCCACCCCAACUGGUAGACGUUUUCGGUCAUCCUUGGAUUCCCCUCCUAUGAACCGGAAAAUGUAAAAGCAGCAGGAUACCACGCGGUCACCUUCUCCUUCUCUCAAGUAUAGUUACGGUACUUUUA